AAGGACAGUUUAAGUGAUUAAAUUAUAUAUAAAUAGUACACUGCCUUGAACCAAUUCACCAAACAAAAAUAUGUUUGCCAAAUUGUUAACGGUUUUAGCUUUUACAGUUGUGGAUCUAUCACCAUGUUUCGGUCAAUUUGGUGCGGGCGGGGAAAUGGGAGCGGGUAUGGCUGGUUUAGGUGAGAUGAUGGCAGGUGGAAUGGGAAAUUUCAUGAUGGGCGGAGGAGGUGGAGGUGGAAUGAUGGGAGGAAUGAAUUCAAUGAUGGGAGGCGGCGGUACAAGCACUGGCGUAGGAGGAGGUAUCGCAGCUAAUAUGAUAAGACAACAUGUUUCUAACGCCGUUCAAUUUAUUGUUGGCCCAGAAGCCAAGCCGGACCAAGCAAUCAUGGCCUAUGCAACAUCUCAAGGCCGAGUUCCUCGUACAAUGUAUGAAAUGCUGCCGUAUCUUCCCUAUCUGCAAGAAAUCGCACGCACAACAUAUGGACAAUGGCUUGAGGCAGAGGCCACCGCUAACAGUGCUACUUCUUCAACAAGUGGAACAAAAUCAAAUUCCACAGUGGCAACAGAUCAAGCAGCAAAAGCUAAACAUCUAACUGCUCUUAAAAGAAGUCUUGAAGCGACAAUAAUGAGAAGAUCUAUAGAAUAUAUGAACAGACCACAGACACAACAGGCAGCCGCGGGAGCUGGUAUGAUGGCCGUAAUGGGACAAAUGAUUCCUAACAUGAUUAGAGGAAUUGCAGCACAGUACAUGUAGCUGUUUGAUCAUUGAUUAUAUAUGUAUGCCUAUGGAAUAUUGAUCUGUUCUGAAUUGAUGUUUAUCAUAAGUUCUUUAUGUUUCAUGCUAGGGUUGAAAUGAUGCAUUGAUAACUGUAAACGUACUUGAUUUGGUUUAAAAUCUAGACUUUAUCGGUUUGACCCUCAACGUCAUCAAGAAAGAUACAUGUGACGUGCAAUCGUGCUCAAGAUCGCUUAUUGUUUGAUAAGAACUCCUAGCAAUAAAUGCAAUAUCUGCAGUAGACAAACUGGUACUACGAAUGCUGAUAGUACAUUAAUCCACCAUUUUUAUUGUAAUUCUCAGGACACGGAAAAUGCUACAGCCACAAAAGAUAUUAGGUUCUGCGGAUAUGGCGUGCUGUAAGAAGUCAGUUUGUGCUUGUAUAAAAAUGUUUGAGUCAUACACGGAAUGUGUUGAACCAUGUCAACUUGUUAUACAAGAGUUCACCAUGUAAUAUUAUUGAAUUAAAAAACGAAAUUAAAUUCUUAAAUCGUUAAAAUCAGAAAAAUCAAUGCCAAGAUAAAUGUUACUUAAAUAGUUUUAUUACAUGGUGACCUUUUGACAUAAAUUAUGACAAGUUUCCAAAAUUGUUUAUGUAUUGUUGACUAUUUUUGGUUUAAAAUUUUAUAUUGUGUAUGCAUGACACAUGUCUUAAUAUUUGUAAUUGUAAAUUACUUAUAUUUUCAAAUAGGAAACUUAUUCAAUGUACAUUUCGUCCAAGCAAAGGCGGUUUUUGUUAUUAUGUUAUAACAUAUUUUCCAGCACAAAAGUAUCGUAUGUUAUAAUAAAAGAAAUAAAAACAACACUAUA